UCCUUCUCGUUGUCUCUCGGAACGCUGGUCCCUGCCCCUGCGGAAAUCACUUUAGCUCUUCCCCGCAGAAGAAAAAGAGCGCGGCUCCAGGGUCUCCAUCUCUCCGCCUCGAUCUCUUCUCCUCCGCUUGCGGAAACUUCCGUCGCUUCUCCCGGCCGGUACUCUGGCCUUUCAGCCAGAUCCUCCCAUCCGGUCUUCGGAAGAAAUCUCUCCAUGAAUCAAGGCUGUUUCGCGGUAAUAGUCCCCGACGAUUUCUUGGAUCUCUUUUUCCCGUUCCCUUACACGUGGUUUCGCUUGGGAUUCCUAGGGCAUCUCAAGAGGACGGGAGGAGCUUGGUUUGAUUUCUUGAUUUGUAAGAAAUCGCACUCUUCCCCUAAUUGAUUCUGGACUGGGUGAGAGAUGCCGCGGAUGGUAUCUCGAUCUCCUUCGUACAGGAGAAGGCGCUCUCCUUCUCCCAGGUACAGCAGCAGGAGAAGCAGAAGGGAUCGCAGCCGCUCUCCUUACUCUUAUAGGUGAUCUCGCUUGAAAUCACAAACCCUCAGCAUAGCCCUUUUUCUUUCUUAGAUUUGAAUUUCCCUUUUUUCUAAUGCAUCUUGUUUCGCAAGAUUCCAGCUUGUAAUAUAUCUGUGUAUACCUUUCUGCUUCUACUUCAUAAGAAUACAUUGUAUGAAGAAAGAUUGAAUGAAAGCAAAUUUGGUUUCAUCCUGUUGGAGCAUCAAUCCACAUGUAAGACUGAUUGCUCGAUCGAGUUAGAAGUUCUUACCAGGCUACAGUUAAUCCAUUUUUCGAGUGGUUUAUGAUAUCUUCUUGCAGCCAGAAUGGAAAAGAAUGAUUAUUUUUGGUUUAUAUAAAUUGGAGUGCCUAAGGUUUUCUGUUAAACGUAGAAAUAUAUUUCCGUUGCUAAAAGCAUAGUGAUUGUGGCAUCAGCUGGUGCUUGGACGCUUGUUCUUCGAUUACUUAGCUGCAUAUGAUUUUUUUUAUUUUUUUCUUUUGUCCUCAAUGAAGGUGGUGAUUAUUUUGGAGAGUACUGUGGAGAUGCAUGGUGGUGUCAAAAACUGGUUAUAAUUUCCGAAAGCUUUUUUGGAUUGGUUGUUUUCAUGUGAUUAUUACCUGGUAUUUGGUUGAAGCUUGUUCAUAGACAUAUUUUGUUAACUUGGUGCUGCAGAACAGUGCUUUUAAUUUCUUUAAUGAGAUACAGAGGUUGCAAAAUCUUUUCCUUCGGCAGACUAGUUGAGACAGAAAAAUGCUGGUUUUAUGUUUGUGUUCUGUCAACCAGUUGCAUGCAAAAAAUAGUUUGCACCCAUUCUUAAGUUGCUAUUCUUGUGACCUUGAAUAACGUGGAUUAAUACAUUCUUUUUUGAUCACCAAUAAUUCUAAUGAAGAUGAGAAAAAUCAUUCUCAAGGGAAACGAUAAAUCAAUUUGCUGAACUUUUUGUUGAAAAUCAUUUCAGACUGCUUCUCCAAAUGAUGUUUUUUUCCAGAUUGAUUCCUUCCAAUCAAGUGUGCUUGUUUGAUCUCGUAUAAUAUUGUCAUGAAUUACAGCUGUAUCAAAGUCCUUAGUUUAAUGCUUUCAUGGAAGAUUAUUUGCUGUGUCUUAGAUAGAUGAUGCUGAAAGUUGAAAGAUGAUGAUCAGUGUGUUGUAGCUCUGUUACCAUUGUUAUCAUUGUUACUGCUAUUGUUUCAGAUACAGCAAGAGCACCACAUCCUUAUGAAGAAAAAGAAUGUCAUAAUGAAAAUGGCCAUAAUCACAAAAACUUUUCUUCUUAAUAACAACCCAGCUGAAAUUGUUAUUAUCCAUAUACAGCAGGAUGCACCACAUUUUUUACGGAGGAAACAGAUAGCUUGAAAAUACUAGUCAUGAUUUUGUGAUUAUUUACUUCUUCAUAAUAGUCUUGCUGAACUUGAUUUAUCAACUCAGAAAAAUAGCAAACUUAAUAAGAUAUGACCUGGAAUUCUGAAUGUUGGACAAAAAUAUUAAAAUUGACUCCGUUAUUGUGGUGUAUUCAUCCUGGUUUGAUUAUUAUUGCCUCUUCUAUAGACGAAGAAUGAGAUUUUUUUAGAUGGUGCUCUCAAGGGGGUUUGCAAUAACUAGCUGCAUGUUUGUGUUUUGCGUCCCAACAGAUACACAGCAGUUUGAAUAUGAUUAUCAUGCUUUACUUAUGGAAUGGAUUGGUCUGCUCUCAGGGAGUUCAUUUUAUAUAUGUUAUGUAGUACCCACAUGUUUUUGAGAAAGUAAUAGUUGCUAUUUUUUUAAAAUUUUUAAUGCUAUGGUAUAGUAGUCGGAUUGAUGAUCUUGCAAUGAUAGUAAUCUUCGAGUUCUUGCAGACGGUAGCUAUGCAGUUUAUUCAGUAGCAAUCAUACUUCAGUCCCAAUUUUGUUCACUUUUUCAAUGGGAAUAAUCUCUAUCAUUCUACUUUAACAAUGUCAACAACUCUGUAGGACUUCUAAUGGUGCAUGAGAUUAAAGAACCUUUGAUGUUUGGUUAACCAUAUCCAUUUGAUUAUGGGAUUAAAUCUAACAUGAAUUUUACCUUCUCAAAGUUGUAAAUGCUAUUUAUUACUGGAUGUGUAUUCUGUAAAAAAAUAAAAUUUUAUAAGAUUUUAUGUUUUCACUGUCAAAAAGAAAAAAGGACCCAUAAAAGCAGGUGGUGAAUGCUCAUGGUUAUCCUUUGGUUGCUUGAUUCGGACUUACAAGAGUGUUUUGGUAAAAGAUGGAGCAUACACAGCUAACACUUAACAAUGCUUGAGGUGACUGUACAUGAUAUAUUGAGAAAAAGUAAUUCUCCUUCAUCAAGAUGGCGAAAAAGCCGUUCUCCAACCCCUAGGAGGCGCAAAGGUCGUUCUCCAUCAAGGAGGUACAGUCGACGAAGCAGGAGCACCACAAGGUCCCCUGUAGACAAGUCUCAAAGCCCUAGUCUUGGAUCAACAGAGCGCAAAAAUUCCAUGGAGAAACAAAGAAGGGAAGAAGAAGAAAAGAAACGGCGUCAAAAGGAAGCAGAAUUAAAACUAUUAGAAGAGGAAACUACUAGGAGGAUUGAAGAGGCUAUUAGGAAAAAAGUUGAAGAGAGUUUGAACUCCGAGGAGGUCAAGCAAGAAAUACAAAGACGGAUUGAUGAAGGUCGAAAGAAGCUGCUUGAUGAGGUUGCUGCUCAACAUGAGAAGGAAAAGGAAGCAGCUCUUGUGGAAGCCAGGCAGAAAGCGGAACAAGAACGGAGAGAGAGUGAGGAGUUGGACAAGAUGCUUGAGGAGAAUUGGAGAAGGGUGGAGGAGUCUCAGAGAAGAGAAGCUUUGGAACAACAGCAGGAAGAGUUGGAGCGUUUUCAGGAGUUGGAGCGGCUCCAGAAACAAAAGGAAGAAGCUAUGCGAAGAAAGAAAAUGGAAGAGGAAGAAGAAAAGGCAAACCUGAUGAAGCUGUUGGGUAAGAACAAGUCUCGUCCCAAGUUAUCAUUUGGAAUUGGUUCAAAGUAAUUGAUUGCGAAAAUAGUUUGGUAUUUAUGUUUUAAAUGCAGCUGUAGUUAUGUAAUUGGUCUUUGUUGGUCUAGUACCUGCUAAAUUGGUGAGUCGUGGGAAUUAAGUGAACGAGGUAGAUCUUGUUUCUCGCUUAGGUAUUAUUUAUUUAGCCACAUGUCAAUUAUUGUUAUAAAAUUUCUAUCAAGUCUUCAUAUUUCAUUUUUUUCC